AAAACAAUUAACAUGUUCUCCAAAUUGGUAGCUCUCUUCGCUUUGGUAACGGUGUCGUCAGCUGGUUUACUGCCAGCUGCCGUUCACUACUCCUCCGCUGCGGCCGUCUCUUCCCAGAGCAUUGUGCGUCAUGACCAGCAACAAGCCAAGCUGGCCAUUGCUGCGCCUGUCGCUUACCAGGCCGCCCCAGUCUACCACGCCGCUCCCGCUCCCGUCUACCACUCUGCUCCAGCUCCAGUUGCCUACCACGCUGCCCCUGCCCCAGUUGCCUACCACGCUGCCCCUGCCCCAGUUGCUUACCACGCUGCCCCAGUGCACUACGCCGCUCCCGUUGCUAAAGUACUCGCUCACGAAGAAAUCGCUCACCCCAAAUACGAGUACUCUUACUCCGUGUCCGACCCUCACACCGGUGAUGACAAGCAGCAACAGGAGGUCCGCGACGGUGAUGUCGUAAAAGGCUCCUACUCUUUCCACGAAGCUGAUGGCUCCAUCAGAACCGUAGAGUACUCCGCUGAUGACCACAGCGGCUUCAACGCGGUCGUGCACAACACCGCCCCUACCGCCGCCCCAGCCCUAGUCAAGGCCGCACCUGUCCUCCUCAAAGCUCCCGUCUACGCUGCACCCGCUCACCAAUACUACCACUAA